UCAACACAAAGGCGAACUUCAUCCGGAUGUAUGGCAUGGAGAAGUUCAUCCGGAUCUUCCUGUGACUUAAUCCACUUGUUGAGGGGAAAGUGUCGCAUGGAGUAGCGGAGACGAGCUUCGUUUUUCUUUUUGUACCUAAGUUACAACAACGAUAAUGUCUGAUUCACACGGUAACCGGCGUCAACGUUAGCAGCUAAGCCGACAGUUGAGCACCAUGUUCGGUCUGAGGGAAGCCGGAGUCGUUGGCGCCUCCGUCGUUCUUGCAGGCGGGGUCGCAUAUCUUGUCUGGAGCUACGCUUCAUCCCCCACGCAGAGGAAGCUCGAUACACAACCGGGAGAGGAUGGCGGGAGCAGCCGGGAGGAGGAGAGGGAAAAGAAGGUACCGGUGGAGGAAACUGUUGUUCCCGCAGAGGCUCCGACGACAGCAACGGUAAAAUCCCGUCCGGCGGACUCAGCAGGAACCCAGGUUCUGGUUCUGGGUCUGGAUGGGGCCGGGAAAACCAGCCUGCUGCACUGUUUUUCCAGCGGCAGUCUGGAACAGGACGUGGAGCCGACCCAGGGCUUCAACGCCGUCUCCCUCAGCAGAGAUGACCUUCACGUCGAGUUCCUAGAAAUCGGCGGGAAGGAGAACCUGCGGCCGUACUGGCAGAGGUACCUGUCCAAGGCGCUGCUGCUGGUCUUCGUGGUCGACUCCUCUGACCCGGAGCGGUUUGCGCUCGCAAAGAAACAUUUACACACGCUGCUGGGCCUUCACCCCUCCCUGCCUUUAAUGGUACUGGCCAACAAACAGGAUCUUUCAGGUUCCUGCACCAUCACUGACCUCCAUGACGCCCUGUCGCUGUCUGAAGCUGGCGACCGCCGCAUGUUCCUCAUCGGGACCCACGUGAGGAAGGGCGACCCGGAGCUCAGCUCAGGGGUCCAGGACGCUCGGGACCUGAUCUUCCAGAUGGUCUCCGGCGACAGAUGAAUCAUGGCGGUUCAGACAUAAUCCAGUGUUUCUGUUCGCAUGUAGAAAAUUCAUUCACACUUUUCAGCGGGCCGACGUUGGCUGAAACGGCGGCAUUUAUCCGUCUUACUGGUAACACGGUUAGCGUUGUCGUUUAAAGAAAGGGCGACACAAGCGUUUUGUUUUAACUCGUGUGUUCAGGGAAACUUUGUUACAUGCUCUACACAUCGUUUUAAAGCUUUAAAUGUUUUCUUUCCUGAGAAGUGUACUUAAGUGUGAUAAAUAAUGAGUCAGAAAAAGAAACCCAUUAAAGUAUUUUUUUUUUUUUUGCGUUUUUAUUAUACAGGUGAGCAACAAAAUAACGUUAUUUCUGUGGUUGAGAUUCCAGUUUAAAGCACUUCCAGUUUUCCGCCACUUGAAGCCGCCGAUGAGCCGGCUUCUGUUUAAGAGUUAUACAUUUAUAUUGUUUCCACCCUUACCUUACUGUUUAUUUCAAAAGAAAAAGCUGCUGCAGCAACACUAAACACCCAGUAACUCUGAUUCUGCUUUGGGACUACAGUGUAAGUGUUUGUUUUGACCAGAAGCUGAAGGGAGUUCGCUUUGUUCUUAAAGCUGUUUUAAACGAUGGUUCGUUGUAAUUUACCCAUUUAAUGUGCUGUUUCUUGCCAACACGUUUUUUGUUUUUUGUUUUUUUUAAUUUGUGGAAAUCUGUGUGCGAAUGUUUCAUAAAGCUGAACUGCACUAAAAAAAAAA